UCUUGGGUAUAGAAAAAAUCCCAUAUGGCAGGAAUGCUACCCUUCGAGAUAUGCAUGCAAACUUCCGUUGAAAAUUAGUCUACUCGUUAAAGGCGGUGGGAAACUCCUUCGUACUAGGAAAAAGAAAAAUAAGCACACGAUAGCGAGUCAAAAAAUAUAAACCACCAAUUCUAAUAUUCUACUUUCCUUCCUUUCUAGUUUCUACUAGUGCCAGCCACAACACAAGCCUUGUCAAUUCCUCGCCUUGGCCUUGUAACUGUGAGGAACCCCAAUAGAAACUCCAACGAGUUGUAUAGUGUAUUAAUAUGAAAUCUGGUGGCGCUGCUGCUACUAGCCAUAACCAGGCAUCUGACUGUCGUAAGAAAUGCCCAAGUUGUGUUCAGUGGUUACCUCUGUGCAAGAAGAAAAAGCAGGAUUCAAUGGAAAAGUUUUCAAAUCGUGACAUUAUUGUAUAUGUUCUAGGUGGUCCUGGGAGUGGAAAGGGAACCCAAUGCUCAAAGAUUGUUGAACACUUUGGUUUUACUCAUCUAAGUGCCGGAGAACUCCUUGAAACAGAAGUUAAGAGCGGAAGUGAAACUGGAAAAAUGAUUCAGGAAUUCAAGAAGGAAGGAAAACUAGUACCAUCUGAGGUUGUCGUCAAACUUCUACAACAGGCAAUGCAGAAAAGUCGGAACAGGAACUUUCUUAUUGACGGUUUCCCACGCAACGAAGAAAAUCGUGUGGCUGCUGAGAAAAUGUUGAAUAUUCAGCCAACUAUAGUAUUAGUAUUUGAUUGUUCUGAAGAGGAGACAAUCAGGCGUGUUCUGCACAGAAAUCAGGGAAGGGUUGAUGAUAACAUGGACACGAUAAAGAAACGUCUCAAAGUAUACAAAGAAUCAACAUUGCCUGUGAUUGAUUACUUCACCAGAAAGGGGAAAGUUCGAAAGAUCAAUGCUGAGAAACCCAUCGAAGAGGUAUUUAGGUCAGUGGAGGCUGUAUUUUCUGAGCUUGGAUUAGCGAAGCAUACAGUUGGGAGAGCUUGUGUUCAAACAGCAUAAUUGAGUUUACCAAAAAAAAUAAACUUAUGGGGACACAUUUAGUUUUCAUUAUUAAUCUUGAUGGGAGAUUCAAGUUAUCUAACUUGUACUAUAAUCGACAAAAGAAGUCUAAUGUUGCAAGUAUUAAAGAACGAAAGAAAUAAUAGUUUAGUUGAAGAAUGAUGACAGAUA